CUCCAAUUCGUGAAUUCGAUUUGAUCUGGCUUAUCUCUAGCGAACUGGAUUUGGGCUGAUGGAAGCCAAGAGCGGCCUUUCCCCUCAAAUAUUCAUUCAUGUCCGCCCAUCCAUUCACACUCAAUCUUUAUUCAUUCCUUCAUCUAUCAUUCACUAGUAGCCGUUUUAGGGCCCGUAUCAUGGCUAGACAUAUCAACAAUCUUGCAACUUUUCUGGACGAGUUUGCGCACGGACUAUCCGAUGACGACUUGAGCAAGAGACUGACGCGUACAGCCAUCUUACUUCGUAACCCACCAUACCAUUCAACCGCUGCUCAACCUACGAGAAGUCGACACAAAUCAGCUCAGAAGUGCCUCUCCACUAUACGACGGGAGCUCGGCGACCCAACUUACUACCUAUGUUUGUUUGCGUCCUCUAUAACAGCACUCUGCACCGAGCGACGGGAGUUGAGUGAAGCUUUGGCAGAAUGGCCUGGAAAACACGACAUCUCUUCGGCUUUUACGGAAAAAGCCCAGGCGGUCGUUGAGAAGCAUCUCGCGAAAGAGCGAUCUCAAAAAAUCCCCGAUCACACAUUCCCUCAGAAACGCCGUCAGUCCAUAACCCAUCCGAGUACACAACAGCUCGUAAACGAUCAUGGGAGUAGGCAUAAAAGAGCCAGAUUAGAUGGAGACUACAAAGACUUAAUGUUCGCUGGAAGGAUGGUCACGCAAUCCCAGCAAGGCGAAGAUCAAGGUAAUGCUCCUCAUUUUCGCGAGGAAUGCCUCGACGACAACGCGUUCGACGAGAGUCACCAACUUCGCUUGGGUGCACGAAUUGAGGAAAGUUGGCGUCAUCAAAAUGUUUCGAUUCAACAUAAGAGUGCUUCUACUCGACUGGCCACUGAAAAGUAUCGGCAGCUUCAAGGACACAAGGUUGGUGCAGCUGCAGCCACUGGCCGCGAAGUUGACAUCAGUCAUCAAGCCAGCGGCGACACUGGAGCCAGGAGUCGAGACGGUGAGGCAGAACGCAGCAGAAGUGGCGAAAGCGAUGAUAGCGAGGUCAGCGACGAAAGCUUUGAAAGUGAUAACGAAGGAAGAUUCCCCCUUCUAGCUCCUGUCAGAUCUGCUGAACCAGCACGAACUCAAGAAGGUAUGGCACUACAAAAGACCUUUAGCUAGCGGUUCUAAUAUACCUGGUCCAGUUCGGCUCGAUGGCAAAGUGUAUGGGUUGACUGCGAUGGAAGGCAUCCGUCUACUUUCAGACCACAUGUUUUCAGGCGAAGGCACGUUGACUAUCCCUGUGCAUGAAGGAACGUCCUCAUUCAUCACGUUCAGGAUUUCAGGAAAGGCUGCUUGGAGAUUGACAAAGAGUAAGAAACA